AUGAGGUCAUUUUACAAGUCCGUAUUGGAAGAAGAAGAUAGGCGCAAUGAAGCUAUAAUUGAGGCUACAAAAUCUGUGGCUACUGUGGAUAGUGAUAAAAUUAAGAAUGUUGACAAUGGGGAAGAGAAUGCUUUAUUAACAAAGGCGGAAAAGAUCAAUAAAGAAGUAGGAUAUCAGAAGGUUCAAAUUAAUGAUAGUGGUGAAUUAGUGGACGACCGGCAGCUGCUUAGUGCUGGUUUGAACGUUGUAAAAAAGAGACCGGUUGAUAAUACUAAAAGCACAAACUCUGGUAGAUCUAUCAGUAUAAGCGACACAAAAAAGCCAGCAACAUAUCGCAAAGACCGGCGGAGAGAGACUGAAUUAAUAGAACGACAACUACUAGCACAAGAGAAGCGAAAGAGACAAGAGAUUGAAAGUUCCAAGGAGCGCAUCAUUUCCCAGGUCAAGUCUAGAAAAACAGAUGAUUCAAUAUCUCAAGCUCGCGAGAGAUAUCUUGCACGAAAAAAGGCAAAUCAAAAUACUACUGAUUAA